AUGUAUUCCUUGACAGUGAAACCGUUCGUCUUACCUCAAUUAGUCUAUUCUUCUUCCUCUUCAACUUCUACAUCAUCCUCUUCAAUUUCUCUCGCCUCUUUCUCAUCUCGUUCGGUUUCAUCAAUUAGUUUUCCCAAAGAUUUAAAGCACAAUGGAAGGUUUGGUUUCAAGGUUGAAGCGUACGAUUCCUCCAAUAAUGACGCUUCUAAUUCUGCCAGUGCUGGCGACUCCAAACCCCCUAAUGGCACUUUGUCAAAGAGCAGGAGAGAAAUUUUACUGGAAUAUGUUAAGAACGUGCAGCCAGAAUUUAUGGAAUUGUUUGUGAAAAGAGCGCCUCAACAGGUUGUGGAUGCAAUGCGCCAAACAGUGACAAAUAUGAUUGGAACACUGCCCCCUCAAUUUUUUGCUGUAACAGUUACAACUGUAGCUGAAAAUCUUGCACAGCUCAUGUACAGUGUCAUUAUGACUGGAUACAUGUUCAGGAAUGCUCAAUACCGUUUGGAGUUGCAAGAAAGUUUGGAACAAGUUGUUGCCCUUCCAGACGUGCAAGAUAAAAAGGAUGUGCCAGAUUAUGCACCUGGCACACAAAAGAAUGUUUCAGGUGAAGUUAUUCGGUGGAACAAUAUUUCGGGACCUGAGAAAAUAGAUGCUAAAAAGUACAUUGAAUUACUUGAAUCAGAGAUUGAGGAGCUGAAUCGUCAAGUUGGGCGACAAUCUAGCAAUGCACAAAAUGAACUGUUGGAAUACCUAAAAUCUCUUGAGCCUCGAAAUUUGAAGGAGUUGACUAGUAGUGCUGGUGAGGAUGUAGUGUUUGCUAUGAAUACAUUUAUAAAGCGCCUGCUGGCCGUUUCAGAUCCCAGCCAAAUGAAGACUAGCGUUACCGAGACUAGUGCAGCCGAACUUGCUAAGCUGCUUUAUUGGUUGAUGGUGGUUGGGUACAGCAUUCGCAAUAUUGAAGUUCGUUUUGACAUGGAAAGAGUACUUGGCACUACUCCAAAACUGGCUGAGUUGCCACCGGGUGAAAAUGUUUAA